AACCCCUUUUUCAUGGGAGUGGGUCUUUGUUUUGUGAACAGGUACGGCUCAGGAGUACGGCGGCAUCAUCAGACAUGGAGCCAAACUGCUGUUUGCCUUCGCAGAAGCUACAGUACCAAAAAUAACCAUCAUCACCAGAAAGGCUUACGGCGGCGCCUACGAUGUGAUGAGCUCCAAACACCUCAGAGGAGACGUCAACUACGCCUGGCCCACGGCUGAGGUGGCCGUCAUGGGUGCAAAGGGCGCCGUUCAGAUCAUCUUCAGAGGAAAGGAGAAUCAGGCGGAAGCAGAGGCGGAGUACGUGGAGAAGUUUGCCAACCCUUUUCCCGCUGCCGUCAGAGGCUUUGUGGACGAUAUCAUCGAGCCGUCGUCGACACGCAGGAAGAUCUGCAGCGACCUGGAGGUGCUGGCCAGCAAGAAGCAGGUUAACCCCUGGAAGAAGCACGCCAACAUUCCUCUGUGAAGAGAGCCGCCUGCUCUGUAGCGCCACCUCCAGACCGCUCCGAGGAAUGCUCAGUUUACCACUCCACUACAAGCAUCCUCCCUCUCAAUACUAAAAUCAGGAUCUUUACUUUUACAAAACUACUUUUUUUACCAUCAAAAAACAUUUUAGAUCCCUGUAGGAGCACUUAUUGAUUUACUGUUUCUGGAGGAUCACAGAAAAACGAUCCACAGUAGAAAUAAAGUGACAUACUGUAACCUUUUGAGCCCGUUCAGUGGUGCUUUUUCCUGCGGUUAAGACACAAAAAGUCUGUUACUGUGCCUUCUCUCAUCUGGAAAACAAGACUCUGUACAUUUGCUGUAUAUCUGUGGUGGAACACAUAUGGUAUUCAUUUGGUUUUAAUAAAAUCAGACUUGGAUUAACAG